AAUGAACAGCACACACGGGCAAAAAGACAGCCCGGCCAGCAAUCUAGUGGCUCCUCACACUUUGCCCCCUUCUCGAGGCGAUCAGAUUUGCACUCGUCCACACGCAGGUGAUCCUGCAGAGCAGUCACCAUGGGGCGACGCUUCAGCGGCCUCGAGGUCAUUCUCAUCACGAUCAGCAUCCUCUUCAUGGUGGCCGCCGUGGCGCUCAUCGUGGUGAUGUUCGUUCAACAGCCGGUUUCAGAUUCAGCGGCUGUGGAGCCCUCAUGCACCGAUGCCAUCGUCGAUGCCAUGCGCUUUGACUGUCACCCGGACGCCAAAGCUUCUCAGGAAUCUUGCGAGGCCCGGGGCUGCUGCUGGAAGGAAUCUGGCACUCCCAAUGUGCCCUGGUGUUUCUACUUAAAAAACAGCGGCGGCUAUGACAUUGUCAGCUCGAGCAAAACUCCAGCCGGCUUUAAAUACGAGCUCAAUAGCAUCCCGACCCCAGCAAGGUUUGGGGGCGACAUCAUCAACCGGCUGCUCCUUGAAGUGGAAUUGCAGACUAAGACUAAGCUACACUUCAAGAUCACGGAUGCCACGGCAUCACGCUUCGAGGUGCCACUGGUGCCACGGUUCACCGGCCAGGCCGCCAGCGACACCCUGUACGGCGUGGAGGUCAUCGAGAAGCCGUUCGGCAUCCGCGUCAUCCGCAAGGCCACCAACAUCGUGCUGUUUGACAGCUCUGUGAACCCCAUGCGGUUUUCCGACCAGUUCCUGCAAAUAUCGACCAUUCUGCCCAGCCCUUCGAUCUACGGCUUGGGCGAGCAUGUCCACCAGAACUACCGGCACAGCACGCAAUGGAAGACGUGGCCCAUGUUCACCCGCGACGCAUUUCCAAACGGGGGCACGCACAAUCUCUACGGACAUCACCCCUUCUACAUGUGCCUGGAUAGUGCCAGCGGCAGUGCAUUUGGAGUCUUCUUGCUCAACCUGAACGCCAUGGACGUCACCAUACAGCCCACGCCAGCCCUGACAUAUCGCACCAUUGGAGGGGUGCUCGACUUUUACAUUUUUUUGGGGCCAUCGCCAGAGGAGGUGGUCCAGCAGUACCACGAGCUGAUUGGCAGGCCAAUGAUGCCAGCUUACUGGGCACUGGGAUUCCAGCUGAGCCGCUGGGGCUACACCAGCCUGCAGGACGUGCAGGAAACCGUGGAGCGGAACAGAGCCACCGGGAUGCCAUACGAUGUGCAGUACACAGACAUCGACUCGAUGGAGGACCGCAAGGACUUUACGUAUGACAUGAACAAGUGGGCCGACCUUCCCGCAUUUGUGAAGGACUUACACGACCACAACCAGCGCUACGUCAUCAUCCUGGAUCCAGCAAUCGGCACCUCCCGCCGGCGAAACGGCAGCGAGUACAUUCCGUACGUGACGGGCACGCAGCGCGGCGCCUGGGUCAACGAGUCCGAUGGCAGCACACCCCUGGUGGGGGAGGUGUGGCCAGGAUUGACUGUCUUCCCAGACUAUACCAACCCCAUCUGCGUGCAGUGGUGGGUGGAGCAAUGUGAGCAGUUUUAUAACGAAGUACCCUACGACGGCUUCUGGAUUGACAUGAACGAGGUGUCCAACUUCGUUCAGGGCUCGGUUAAUGGCUGCAAGGAUAACAAGUGGAACCACCCGGCAUAUGUUCCAAGUAUUCUUGACGGACUCUUGUAUUCGAAGACGCUCUGCAUGGAUGCCGUACACACGCUGGGGAGACACUAUGACGUCCACAGCCUGUACGGACACUACAUGUCCGUCGCCACACACCAGGCCAUCGUCAAGAUCUUCGGACAGGAGAAGAGGAGCAUCAUCUAUUCCCGGUCCACGAUGCCCGGAUCUGGAUCGUACGCCGGCCACUGGCUUGGUGACAAUGGGGCCAACUGGAAUGACAUCAAGUGGGCCAUCCCCGGCAUGCUCGAGUUCAACCUCUUCGGUUUCCCCUACAUCGGAGCGGACAUCUGUGGGUUUUUUGACGAGCCCUCGGAGGAGCUGUGCCGCCGUUGGAUGCAGGUCGGGGCCUUCUACCCGUUUUGCCGCAACCACAACGCGGAGACGUAUCAGCACCAGGACCCGGCGUCGUUCGGCGCCAACUCGCUGCUCGUGAACUCGUCAAUCUCCGCGCUGACCAUCCGCUACACGCUACUGCCGUACCUCUACACGCUGUUCCACCACGUGCACACGCAGGGUGGCACGGUCGUCAGGCCCCUCCUGCACGAGUUUCCGUCUGACCAGGAGACAUGGGGCAUUGACAGACAAUUCCUCUGGGGUGCCGCUUUCCUCAUCACCCCAGUACUUGACCCGGGCACAACUGAAGUUCAAGGCUACAUACCCGAUGGGCAGUGGUACGACUACGAAACGGGUAAAUUGGUUUCCAAAAACAGGCAGCGGUACACGUUCAGCAUCCCCGAUGACAAGAUCUCGCUGCUCGUGCGCGGAGGCCACAUCCUGGCCACCCAACAGCCAGCCACGCGCACUGACCUCAGCCGGAAAAACCCCAUGGGGCUCAUUAUUGCGAUGGAUGCGGACUUUAAGGCUCAAGGAAACCUCUUCUGGGAUGACGGGGAGACCAGGGACUCGUUCCAGAAAAACAAACACCUCUACUACACGUUCGUGUGCACUGACAAUCGACUACAGAUUACCAUGGACGGAGGGUACACGGACCCGGACGGGAUCAACAUUGAUGAGCUGAGACUGCUGGGCCUCAGUUUUCCAAUCGGGAGCGCCAAAGUCAUCAACUCAGCGGGAGGAGAAGUGAUCAUUCCGACCAACCAGCUUUCUUUCGACAAAGUCAACAGGGUGGGCCACAUCCGAGGUCUGGGCAUGCGUCUGGGCUCAGAGUACGAGGUGCAGUGGGAGUACGAGGAGGAGCGCUUUGACUGCUACCCGGAGGCCGAUGCCUCAAAGUCGAGCUGCGAAAGCCGCGGUUGCAUAUGGAAGGAGCACACGACACCCGGCGUGCCGUGGUGCAUCUACGACGGUGUCUACGGCUACGAGGCGACGGGCGCCCCAACCCCCACCGCCAUGGGCCAGCGCGUGGUCAUCAAGCGCAACGCGGCCUACCCACGCCGCUACCACAGCAGCAGCAACCCCACGGUGGAGACUCUCAACGUGGACGUCGAAUUCUUCAGCGACCACAGCCUCCGAGUCAAGAUUUACGAUCCAGCAAAAGCUCGAUAUGAAGUUCCGGUCCCACUCAACAAACCGAGCGUCCCCGGUGGCACCGAGGCUUCCCGUUUGUACCAUGUGGAGUUCGUGGACAGCCCAUUCGGAAUCCACGUCAUCCGCAAAAGCACGGGGAAAGUCAUCUGGAACUCGCAGGCGGCCGGCUUCACCUUCACGGACCGCUUCAUCCAGAUGUCCGCGCUGCUGCCGAGCGAGAACAUCUACGGCUUUGGCGAGACUGAGCACGACACGUUCAAGCUCAAGCUCAAUUGGGAGACGUGGGGAUACUUCUCGAAGGAUCAGCCUCCCGGGUACAGAGCCAACGCAUAUGGGGUGCAUCCCUACUACAUGUCGGUGGAGGAUGGGGCCAAUGCGCACAGCGUUCUGCUCUUCAACAGCAAUGCCAUGGACAUUGUUCUGCAGCCCAACCCAGCGGUGACUUACCGCACCACGGGGGGCAUCCUGGACUUCUACUUCACACUCGGACCCAGCCCAGAGGAAGUCACGCAGCAGUACACUGCCCUCAUCGGACGCCCGGCCAUGCCUCCUUACUGGUCUCUGGGCUUCCAGCUGUGCCGCUACGGCUACGCCAACGACACGGAAAUCCUGAACCUCUACAACGACAUGAAGGCAGCAGGCGUCCCCUAUGACACUCAGUACGGUGACAUCGACUACAUGGUGAGGCAGUUGGACUUCACCUUAAACAAGGAAAAGUUUGGAAACUUCCCCAGCCUGAUCCGACGCAUGCACGACGAGGGCAUGCGAAUCAUCAUCAUCCUGGAUCCAGCAAUCGCUGCGAAUGAGACUGAGCCAUAUCCUGCAUACACUCGUGGUGUGGAAAAUGACGUUUAUAUGAAACGUCCAGAUGGACAAAUCAUGUUUGGAAAGGUGUGGCCUGAUUAUCCUAACGUUCAAGUGGAUGAUACUCAAGACUGGGACUUUCAAGUUGAGCACUACCGGGCGUACGCUGCCAUGCCUGACUUCUUCCACAAUCGCACCGCUCGGUGGUGGCAGCGCGAGAUCGAGGAGUUCUACCGGAACCCAACAACGCCAGCCGACAGCAUGGAGUUCGACGGACUGUGGAUCGACAUGAACGAACCGGCGAGCUUUGUCCACGGGUCCACGUCGGGAUGUGAAGAUACGGAAUUGAACGAGCCUCCGUACAUGCCACAUCUAACCCAACAGGACGUCUUCUGGGGCCUCCAGCACAAGACCAUGUGCAUGGAAGCACUGCACGAGCUUCCCGACGGCUCGAAGGUCCAGCACUACAACGUGCACAACCUCUACGGCUGGUCUCAGACCAAGCCCACGCUGGACGCCCUGCACAACGUGACGGGCAAGCGUGGAAUCGUGGUGACCAGGUCCACCUUCCCUGGCAGCGGGCAAUGGUCUGGGCACUGGCUGGGUGACAACUCUGCUCGCUGGGACAACCUUGACAAGUCCAUCAUUGGCAUGAUGGAGUUCAGCUUGUUUGGCAUCACUUACACGGGCGCUGACAUCUGUGGCUUCUUUGGGGACUCCAACUACGAUCUGUGUGCUCGCUGGAUGCAAUUGGGGGCCUUCUACCCAUACUCUCGCAACCACAAUGGCAAGGGGAACAUCCGGCAAGACCCCGUGGCCUGGGACACAGAGUUUGCCGAUAUGUCCAAGAGAGUGCUGGAGAUCCGUUACACGCUGCUUCCAUACCUCUACACGCUCAUGCACGAGGCCCACGCCCAGGGCUCCACCGUCGUGCGACCCCUCCUUCACGAGUUUCUCAGUGACAGUGAAACCUGGGAAAUUUCCAGGCAGUUCCUUUGGGGUCCAGCACUUCUCAUAACACCUGUGCUGGAGGAGGCAAAGGUGACUGUGAGAGGCUACGUGCCCGACGCUCGUUGGUACGACUAUCACACGGGUGUCCCACUGACCGAGCGUAAGCAGUACAAAGAGAUGAAUGCUUCCUGGGACAUGAUUAACCUGCACGUGCGGGGAGGCUAUAUCCUUCCAACGCAGCAGCCGGCCAACACAACCAAGUACAGUCGCCAGAAGCCCAUGUCACUGAUUGUGGCACCGGAUGACUCGGGGAUUGCCACGGGGUCUCUCUUCUGGGACGAUGGUGACAGCAUCGAUACAUUUGAAGCACAGAAAUACUUUUUGACUGCGUUCCAAGUCACUAAGACUGGCGCUGUGAGCACCCUGCGUAAAACGCUUGCACACAACAACGCAGAAAGCGAUGCAGCCGGGCUCGUGCUGGAGUCGGUGAAAGUCCUGGGUAUCGCGACGGGCACAAUCACAUCUGCUAAGCUGGAUAUUAAUAGCAGUGGCAUAUUCAGGGAUGUAACCAUCAGUCAAGUCUCAGGAACACAAAUCCUUAUCAUUGAGUUACAAGGCGAAAAUGUAAUGUUGACAUCACCCUUCACCAUCACUUGGGAGUAACCUACAACGCAAACGCUGAAAUAUUUCCACCAUCUGUGACCCUCAAGACCUGCCCUUAUCGAAGUUCUGCUGUUGGCUAGUGUUACUGUAAGAGAUGGUACAAUCCGCUUCACAAAAUUACACCCUUCAUUCCUUCAUAUGCAGAACAUACCAACUGGUGUAUUCAACUUAAAACAGGGGUUGGGGAGCCGACAGUCACGUGCGUCCCAUACAGACCAACAACUUCAGUUCAUACGACCAGGAGCCACACGGGGUGCACAACCUCAAAACAGCCUGCAAACUACACUACCAGCGUCUUAGCAGCACCAAUCUGGCGCUAGAAGUGGAUAUUUUUCAACCUGCCGUCACUGUGCUUCUGAUAUCUGUGUGCAGUCAAUGCACACAGGCCUCGAGUAAUUAAGGUUGAGUGUCAACGGCAUUUUUAAAUCCUUUAUAUUAAGUUCGCUUGCUUGCGUGCUUGCUUGCUUGCGUGCUUGCGUGCUUGCGUGCUUGCUUGCUUGCUUACGACCGUGUAAAUCUUUCGGUCGUUUUUUAACCCACUUCCCAUGAUCCAAUCGAGUUGACAUUUUCCACACAGACUCGUUGUGCGUGACAAUUAAUGUUAGUGAAAUUUUUUUUCCAAAAUUUUACACUGUUUAGGGAAAACAAAUUAAAUAUUUAAUUACCAAUUGUUUAAUACUGCAGACAAUCAUCUGACCCAUAGGUGGCAGCCAUCUCAAGCCAGAGGACGAGAGGACUCUAGCCGCCACGCAUAUAAAGGAUUUAGAGUGAAAAACUUUGUUUUUACGGGUUAUACUUGUUAAGUCCUAUUUAGCACUCCGUACGGAUACCCAACCCCUGACGAAAGGCAUGACUCUGGAUAAGGUUGAUUGACGGGUGUUGAAUCCAUGCUUGGUCAAGUUUCAGGUUAAGGAACCCGCAGAAUGGCAAAAUGCAUUAGCCACGUAUAUUAAUUUGGCUACCUCAGCAGACGCUUCUAAAUUGGAGGGAAUAUGGUUCGUGUGAGAUUUUUGUUUCUAUCUCUGCAAUUGUCAAUUUUAAUCACCAGUGAUGGGUGUUAAUUCAGCUUCAAACCAGUGAGGAUGGAUAAAAAAACACAUUAGUCAAAAACCCCGUGUUAAAAGAAAAAAUAUUUAAAAGGCGACAUUUUCAGGAAGGACCCUGUUUCACAGCAAGUAAACAAACGCAGAAGACCCCUUGCCCGAAACGUUGCCAAUUAUAAUUUGUUUCCCUUUUAAGGCCGGUGCCGUUGACGAAUGCGAGUGGAUUUUUUUGUUGUUCUGUGCCUACGCGCCACUGCCAAAGCAGCAUCACCACACACGUCCGUUGAAUUGUAAGAAAAUGUUUAAUAAACGAAUACAAAGUAUACAUUUAAAUAUGAAUAACAUCGUUUUGGUGGGGAGGAGAGCUCCCCGCCUUCUCAUUAUCCUCUUCUAGUUCUCGUUGUGUGAUUGCUCCAUUAUCGACUGUAACUUAGCAACCUCUCAGUAAUUUACUUGAUGGGUUUUUUUCGUGUAAUUACCACUUAAUUGUUGAUUGUGCAUUUUAUUCAUUUUCCGGUAAGAGCUUUUAUAUUUGUUGUCAUCCGCUGCAGAAGAACAAGCGUAACGCCGAUGUCUGUACGCAACCGUCGUCUCUCGUUUAAAACUUGCUUGUAGAUUAUCUGGAGCUCCUAACACCGAGCGAAAUUGCGUGCAAAUGUAACAAUUUCAUGUGAUCAAUAAUAAAUUACUGUCUAUUUUAA